GAUGCUUCAGAGGAGAACCCACAGGCCUGGCCGCUUUGCAGACAACGUGGUGAACAACGUGCCUCUCAUCUGUGACUAUGGCUCUGGGUUCAGCAAGGUGGGCUUUGCAGGAGACGAGGCCCCCGUCGCUGUCUUCCCCACCGUCCUUGGAAAACGGAGGCAUGAUAACCCGCUGGUGGGGAUGCAGGAAGAAGACUGGUUCAUUGGCGAGGAGGCCUGGGAGAAACAAAGGAAGAUCAUCCUGCAGUACCCCAUCUCACGAGGAACCAUCACCAACUGGGACAAUCUGGAGAAGAUCUGGCAUUACUCCUUCUACAAGAUCCUCCACAUUGGCCCCGAACAGCAUCCUCUGUUGUUGACGGAGCCACCGUUGAACAACAUAUCAGUUAAAGAGAGAAUAUCUCAGGUUCUCUUCGAGACCUUCCACGUCCCCGCCCUGUACCUGGCCAACAAAGGAGUCCUUUCCCUGUACGCUGCCGGAACAACUUCUGGGACAGCCAUUGAAUCUGGAGAAGGAAUGACAUACUUUGUGCCCAUCAUCGAUGGCUGUCCUUUGCACAAGUCAACCUCCCAGCUGGAUGUAGCCGGCCAAGACCUGACUGUGUACCUCCUGAAACUGUUGACACACAGCGGGAACAUACUGGUAGGCCCAGCCGCCCGGGAGUAUGCCAGGGAACUGAAAGAGAAGUACUGCUAUGUGGCAUUGGACUUUGGCAUGGAACUGGAGAAAACCCAAUUGCCUUCCUGCCGAAAGAAAUUUCAGCUGCCCGAUGGCAAGGAAAUCACCAUGGGCCAGGAGAUUUUCAAGUGCCCAGAGGGGCUGUUCAAGUCCAACCUUAUGGGGAGAAGCACCCUGGGGAUCCACAUGGCAGCCCACCAGAGCAUCACCUCCUGCGACCGUGGCCUCUGGAAGACCCUCUUUAGCCACAUCAUGCUGUCUGGUGGCACUGGUGCCUGCUCUGGUCUGCAAUUCCGGCUGCAGAAAGAAAUAGCUAAACUGGUUUCCCCGGAGCUGACUGUGAAGGUGUCCACCUCUCCACACGCCAAACACGGUGCCUGGGUUGGUGCUUCCAUCCUGUGCUCACUCUCUACCUUCAAGGACAUGUGGUUUACACGGAAUGAGUACCUGGACUUCGGCUCUUCCAUAAUCAGUAGGAGAAGAUUCUGA